AAAGUCAAAAAAUGUGUCUUUGGUGUACAACACAAGCUUAUAUCCCACAAUAAACACAAUAAACAAUUAGCGUCCAAAUUUUAAAGUAAAGUUAUGCAGCGACUAGCUUCAGUUAAUUCAAGAAAUAUAAGGCCAUCUAUUUCCGCGUUGCACACGGAGAAGCCCCACAAUGUGGCCAAGACUUCUCCAGCUUCUUCUAAUCUAUCAGAUCAUACAAUUCCCGAGAAGACAGCGCAGAAAUCGGAAUCGAAACCGAAAACGAAAUCAACUCAAAAUCAAAGUGCAGGACUAGCGAGUGCUAGGUCACAACUGGUGAUAAAGUCCAGUGUGGGUGCUACUCCCAGGCCAGGAUCAACGCCAGGCUCUGGAGCCACUAGGAACACUGCCUCCAGUAGGACCCAGCACUUUUGCAUUCCCGUGCGGAGCUGUUAUACUGUGACCAGCCGCACUCGCCGCUCCUCCGAGCACGCGGCCUUCCUGUACCAUCUGUCCCAGUUGGAGCAGACCGGAUUUGGCAAGAGCGCGGUGGAUCCCAUGAAGGCCGUGCCGGCGGCUGAGCUGCAACUGCUGCAGAGUGGCCAGAGGACCACCUACCUGGAGCGGCGGUACGAACGCAGCCCAGACGACAAGUACAACUAUCCGGAGGCCACCAGCUGGCGAUAUGGGUGGUUCCACCGCGAGUCAGAUCUCCUGCAGAAGCGCGUGCCCAGGCGAGAUUAGAACAGCAUUUCGUCCUGUCCUGCCCAAUUUCAAUGAAAUGCUUCUAUCCACAGAGGCCUCUAAAAUAUUCGGAUUAGAAUGCGUACCUCUUGCUUUUCAAUAUAAAUAAAAAAAAAU